AAAAACAGACCUAGUUGGCUACGAAACUCCUAUUACGACUCCAUUUGGCAAUGAUUUCAUUUUAGUUUUCAAAAUUCCCUCAAAAUUAUAUCGUAAACUCUUUGGCUGGACUUUUAUAAUUUGGUAAGCCAAAUGUCUGACAAAAAGGCAUCGUCGUCCCGAGGCCAUCAACCAGGGAUUCAGUUCAGCACCGCCAUGGGCACCCCGGAAACCAAGCGCAAGAUGCUCCUCUAUAGACGACUUCUGAGCCGCGAGUUGGCCCGAGAUGGCCUUAAUGCCCAGGAAAUCGUACAAGCGAGGAACCGGAGUCUCCGGGAUCAUUACCAAGGAAGAUUCCCCAAAUCCUGAGACCGACUUGAUUCAGAAAUUUAUUGGCAAAAGAGUUUACGUUCACGCAUUCAAGAAAAAGUCCCAGAAAUAGUUUCGCUUUUCUUGUUUAUUUCGGCUUUAUAUUAAAUAAAUUUGUAUAUAAAUACGA